CUAAAUGUGAUAGUCAUUCCUUGACAUUACAAAAGUCCUACAAGAAAAGGGAGAAACGAAAAAAUCUAAGCUAAUACAGAAUAUUCCGAUUUCCUUCUUGAUAAAAAGAAAACGAGAAAGCUGCGGAUUUUCCAUAAUGGAUCGCUUACCGCUUCUUCUGAGCUCAGAUAUAAGCUUUACUGAUAACUCAUCAUCGGGGGAUCAGGAACAGGGUUCCCAGGAGGGUACAGCUUCGGCGUCAGACUCCAUCGAUAACCCAUGGGCAUGGCAGGAUGAAGAAAUCGAAAUGCAAGCUGCGGUGCCUGCCUCAACCACCAAUGGUGAACUAGCAGAGACUUCUGAGGAGGAAACCUCCUCUGGGGAGCUAACCGACUCGCUCGAUGAAGGCUCGGUGGGUUUUAGCGAAGAUCCGAAACAAUGGGUGAAGAGACUGAUUCCCAAGGAUGCCAUUGCGGUGGUCAACGAAAUCAAGGAAAUGUUCGUCAACAACAAGACCAUAAAACGCAGUAAUGAUGGCAAGAUCACGGCCCUUCUGACUAUCAACUCGAAGCAGUUCGAGGGCCAAGGGUCCUCGAAGUAUGCGGCACAGUCAGCUGCCUGCGAGAAGGCUUUGCGCGAUUUCUUCUGUGCAAAGCUAAACACUCAAACAUGUCAGCAAGAAAUACCCGUACUAAAACUGGCCUCAUUUGCAAUUCAUAAGCUGUACGAGGAGUGGCAGAUCGAUUAUAAGGCCAAAGUGAGUGCUCCACAGAGAGCUCGCAUAGCGAUUCCCAGGAUGCCGUUGGUACGCUCGCAAUUGCCCGACGACUGGAAGAAAAUACAUCCUACUUCGCUGCUAAAAUAUAUGCGCCCGUUCGCCAUCUUCAAUUAUUUAGGAUGCACAGGUGUAUUUCCAUACCUGCUUUUCAAUAUGGGUACCAAAGUGGACAACCAGGAAUUUAAGGCCAAUGGAAACUCUAAGAAGAAGGCACGCCGCAAUUUGGCCGUGCUGGUGUGCAACACACUGUUUGGAACCGACUUCAUUGCAAUCCGUUGAAUGGAAAGAAUCGCUGACUUUUUAAGUAUUCAUACCUGCUGCAACUUACGUGUUUUCAAUGAAUGUAAAACUC